AGAGCACCUCCCUUCCUGCAGUGCUUCAACAUCCUUCUCUGCAAAAUGGGUUUAUUGCAUAAGGAUAUUUGCCUAGUGCUCACAGAUGAGGAAACAGAGGCAUGGAUGAUUGAGUAGUUUGUUCAGGGUUUUGUAGCUGGUCCAUAGAGACCUCCAGGUGCCCACCUGCAGGCUUGCUGUGAGGAUUACAUGAAACCAAGAUUGUAAAAUUUCUGGCUCAACAAAUGUUCAUUCCUUCCCAUAAGCAGGCCAAUUGGCCUCCCUCCAGCACAGCCCUGCAAGCUCUUAAAAAACUCUGACAUAUCUCGACCAUGAGACCACGGCUGGCCCUUAGCAGGAUUCAAAGCACGAACCCAGCAGCCUCCAACUAGUUCAUGGAGGAGCCUCAAGAGAUACUGGCCAGGCGAGCUCUCCCUUGCAGAGGGAAGAACACAGUGUGAGAGGAGGCAGCUGCCACAGCAGUGGACAUGAAUGCUGGUUUUCAAAGAGAACAGCGUUUUAGUUUUGGUCAUCGCAAGUGGUGCCUUCAACACAGAAGAGCGUGAAUUCCUCUCCGUGACCAUUCACCUCCAACACCAGACGAGAGGGCAGAAGAGUUGGAACGGAGCUGCCCACGGCAUCCAGCGUGGCUUCUCUCGUGCCAGGACCAGGGAUGCCUGGACCAUGCUCACGGCCAUCUCUAGCCGUCCACAGAUCGCAUAGCACACGGGGGACUUGUGGGGGGCCACUUGCCACUGCCAACUGAAACAAUAUGAUGGCGACUCUGACAUCCUUCAUGACGUUUCCACAACAGACAUUCAGGCAGAAAGUGCUGGUGCAUUUUCUGUCUGUGAAGUAGAGGGCCAUGCCUCACCAAUGUGAAUAGCCUGGGCCCUGAUGACCUGACCUGAGUCCACUUGUAGCCAGUGACACUUGGAAAAAAAAUUUUAAAAACUCCCCAAACCACCUUGGGUUUGACUUCCGUAGCUCUUGACCAAUGUUACCCAAGCCAGACGCCUCCUUGGGACGUUUGGAUUAUUCAUAAAUGUGGCCUGCUCUGACCCUCCCUGAAUAGCAUCUGAAGUCCUGUGGAGGUCAUGGAUCCUGAACAAAGUGUCAAGGGCACCAAGAAGGCUGAGGGAAGUCCCCGGAAGCGGCUGACCAAAGGAGAGGCCAUUCAGACCAGUGUCUCAUCCAGCGCCCCGUACCCUGGCAGCAGCACGGCCGCCACUCAAGAGGGCCCCCUCCAAGAGCUACUAGCCCCGCAGCCCUUCCCUGGCCCCUCGUCGGUUCUUAGGGAAGGCUCUCAGGAGAAGACAGGCCAGCCGCAGAAACCCCCCAAGAGGUCCUCCAUCGAAGCCUCGGUCCACAUCUCCCAGCUUCCGCAGCACCCUCUGACACCAGCAUUCAUGUCGCCCGGCAAACCCGAGCAUCUCCUGGAGGGGUCCGCAUGGCAGCUGGUCGACCCCAUGAGACCUGGACCCUCAGGCUCUUUUGUGACCCCUGGGCUCCAUCCUCAAAGCCAGCUCCUCCCUUCGCAUGCUUCCAUCAUUCCUCCCGAGGACCUGCCUGGCGUCCCCAAAGUCUUUGUGCCCCGCCCCUCCCAGGUCUCCUUGAAGCCCACGGAAGAGGCGCACAAGAAGGAGAGGAAACCACAGAAGCCCGGCAAGUACAUAUGCCAGUACUGCAGCCGGCCCUGUGCCAAGCCCAGCGUGCUCCAGAAACACAUCCGCUCACACACAGGCGAGAGGCCCUACCCCUGCGGCCCCUGUGGCUUCUCCUUCAAGACCAAGAGUAACCUCUACAAGCACAGGAAGUCCCACGCCCACCGCAUCAAAGCCGGCCUGGCCUCGGGAAUGGGUGGCGAGAUGUAUCCCCCAGGGUUGGAGAUGGAGAGGAUCCCUGGGGAAGAGUUUGAGGAGCCCACCGAGGGAGAAAGCACCGACUCAGAAGAGGAGACGGGCACCACGUCCACACACCCCACAGAGCUCUCCCCGAGGCCCAAGCACCCACUCCUGUCCAGCAGUUUGUACAGCUCCGGGAGCCAGGGCUCCAGCCACGAACGCUGUUCCUUGUCCCAGUCCAGCUCAGCCCCAUCGCUCGAGGACCCCGCUCCCUUUGCGGAACCCUCAUCUGAACACCCCCUGAGCCAUAAACCUGAAGACACCCACACGAUAAAGCAGAAGCUGGCCCUUCGCUUGAGUGAGAGGAAGAAGGUGAUCGACGAGCAGGCGUUCCUGAGCCCGGGCAGCAAAGGCAGCACCGAAUCUGGGUAUUUCUCACGCUCUGAGAGUGCUGAACAGCAGGUCAGCCCCCCAAACACCAAUGCCAGGUCCUACGCCGAGAUCAUCUUUGGCAAAUGCGGGAGGAUCGGGCAGCGGACUGCCAUGCUGACGGCCACCUCCACCCAGCCCCUCCUGCCCCUGUCCACCGAAGACAAGCCCAGCCUGGUGCCUCUGUCCGUGCCCCGGACGCAGGUGAUUGAGCAUAUCACCAAACUCAUCACCAUCAAUGAGGCCGUGGUGGACACCAGCGAGAUAGACAGUGUGAAGCCCAGGAGGAGCUCGCUGUCGAGGCGGAGCAGCAUGGAGUCACCCAAAUCCAGCCUCUACCGGGAGCCACUGUCCUCCCACAGCGAGAAAGCGAAGCCCGAACAAUCACUGCUGAGCCUCCAGCGCCCACCCAGCACCACCCCCCCUGUGCCUCUGCUGAGAAGCCACUCAAUGCCUUCUGCCACCUGCACCCUCAGUACCCCCCACCACACCUUCCGAGGCAGCUACUCCUUCGACGACCACGUCGCCGACUCGGAAGCCCUGAGCCGCAGCAGUCAACUGUUUACCUCCCACCCCCGGAUGCUCAAGCGCCAGCCGGCCAUCGAACUACCUUUGGGCGGAGAGUACAGUUCUGAGGAGGCAGGGCCCAGCAGCAAAGACACAGCCUCCAAACCUGUAGAUGAACCGGAACCCAGGGAAAGUGACCUCACCAAAAAGACCAAGAAGGGUUUGAAAACGAAAGGGGUGAUCUAUGAAUGUAACAUAUGUGGUGCUCGGUACAAGAAAAGGGACAACUAUGAGGCCCAUAAAAAGUACUACUGCUCAGAGCUUCAGAUGGCAAAGCCAGUCACCGUGGGUGCUCAUGUGUCUCCGGAGGCCGAAAAGAGCCAGGCCGAGCAUGAGCCCUGGUCCCAGAUGAUGCAUUACAAACUGGGGACCACCUUGGAACUCACUCCACUGAGGAAAAGGAGGAAAGAGAAGAGCCUUGGGGAUGAGGAGGAGCCGCCCGGCUUCGAGUCCACAAAGAGUCAGUUCGGCGGCCCUGGGCCUUCAGAGGCUGCUCGGAACCUUCCCUUGGAGUCCAGCAAGUCACCAGCAGAGCCGAGUAAGUCAGUGCCCUCCCUGGAGGGAUCCGCAGGCUUCCAGCCAAGGACUCCUAAGCCAGGGUCCAGUUCAGAAUCAGGGAAGGAGAGGAGAACCACCUCCAAAGAAAUUUCUGUCAUCCAGCACACCAGCUCCUUUGAGAAAUCUGACUCUCUGGAGCAGCCUGGCGGUUUGGAAGGGGAAGACAAGUCUGCGGCCCCCUUCUCAUCACCCCCUCCCGCCCCACAUGGACGCUCGGCCCACUCCCUGCAGCCCAGGUUGGUCCGCCAGCCCAACAUUCAGGUUCCCGAAAUCCUGGUGACCGAGGAGCCUGACCGGCCAGACACAGAGCCGGAGCCGCCCCCGAAGGAGCCGGAGAAGACAGAGGAGUUCCAGUGGCCCCAGCGCAGCCAGACGCUUGCCCAGCUCCCAGCUGAGAAGCUGCCACCCAAGAAGAAGAGACUGCGCCUGGCAGAGAUGGCCCAGUCAUCGGGGGAGUCCAGUUUUGAGUCCUCCGUGCCUCUGUCUCGCAGCCCGAGCCAGGAGAGCAGUGUCUCACUGAGCGGGUCCAGCCGCUCUGCCUCCUUCGAGAGAGAUGACCAUGGAAAAGCUGAAGCUGCCGGGCCCUCGUCAGACACACGCUCCAAACCCUUGGGCACCCACAUGCUGACCGUCCCCAGCCACCACCCGCAUGCCCGUGAGAUGCGGAGGUCAGCCUCAGAACAGAGCCCCAACGUCUCCCACUCCACCCACAUGACCGAGACACGCAGCAAAUCCUUCGACUACGGCAGCUUGUCCUUGACAGGCCCUUCGGCACCAACUCCAGCGGCUCCAGUGGCCUCGGCAGCCCCACCAGAGAGAAGAAAAUGCUUUUUGGUGAGACAGGCUUCUCUGAGCAGGCCUCCUGAAACCGAGCCAGAGGCCACCCCCAAGGGAAGACAGGAGAGUGAGGAAGCGAAACCCUCAUCCAGUAAAUCUUUGGCCAAAGGCGCAUUGCCCCAAGUUUCCUCUGCGGCCACCUCGCACAGCGGGCACCCGGGAGGCAAGAGCCAGGUGCAGGAGAGACCAGCGCUGGGGGCCACUCCGCCCUACACAGAAGCACUGCAGGUGUUCCCCCACCCCAUUGCUCAGCUCCCGUUGCAGGAGAAACCCUACCUGCCCCCGCCUGUCUCCCUUUUCUCCUUCCAGCACCUCCUACAGCAUGAGCCAGGACAGUCUUCAGAGUUCUUCCCCACCCAGGCCAUGUCCAGCCUGCUCUCCACACCAUACUCCAUGCCCCCGCUUCCUCCCUCCUUAUUUCAAGCCCCCCCACUUCCUAUCCAACCUACUGUUCUACACCCAGGCCAACUCCACGUCCCCCAGCUCAUGCCUCACCCAGCCAACAUCCCAUUCCGACAACCCCCUUCAUUUCUCCCCAUGCCUUACCCUGCCUCCUCAGCACUUUCUUCUGGGUUUUUCCUGCCUCUGCAAUCCCAGUUCACCCUUCAGCUUCCCGGUGAAGUGGAAAGCCACGUGCCCCAGAUCAAAACUAGCCUGGCCACACUGGCAACAGGAACCCCUGGCCUCUCCCCCAGCACAGAGUACAGCAGUGACAUCCAGCUGCCCACUGUGGCUCCCCCGUCCAGCUGCUCAGCACCCACAUCAGCUCCUCCGCUGGCCCUGCCUGCCUGUCCAGACACCAUGGUGUCUCUAGUUGUGCCCGUCCGCAUCCAGACCAACAUGCCGUCGUAUGGGAGUGCCAUGUACACCACGCUCUCCCAGAUCCUGGUUACCCAGUCCCAAGGCAGCUCAGCAACUGUGGCUCUUCCCAAGGAGGAGCCGUCACGCAAGGGGACGUCUGUGUGUGGGGCAGAUGUCUACAAGGUCGGGCCCAGACUGGCUGGAGUAAGUGAAGAGCAGAGCAGAGGUUUCCCGACUCCAUUCCUGAGAGUGCCUGUGACAUUACCUGAAAGAAAAGGCACUUCCCUGGCAUCGGAAAGUGUCUUGAGCCUGGAGGGGAGUUCAUCAACAGUGGGAGGAAGCAAACGUGUCCUUUCACCAGCUGGCAGCCUUGAACUUACCAUGGAAACCCAGCAGCAAAAAAGAGUGAAGGAAGAGGAGGCUUCUAAGGCAGAUGAAAAAUUUGAACUUGUGAAACCAUGUAGCGUGGUGCUUAGCAGCACCGAGGAUAGCAAGAGAUCAGAGAAAUCCCACUUGGGCAGCCAGGGCCAGGGCAGGAGGGAACUAGAAACACUCCCCAGCCUGUCCUCAGAUCCAUCUGACCCGAAGGAAAUUCCUCCCCUUCCUCAGCCCUCAUUGCCCCAUGUGACAGCCUCAGGCUCAGAGGCUUUGAAGGAAUAUGCCCAACCAUCUGGUAAACCUCACCGAAGAGGAUUACUCCCAUCAAGUGUGAAGAAAGAAGAUUCCAAGGAACAAGCUGACCUCCCUCCACUGGCACCUCCCAGCUCACAACCUCUGUCAGAAACACCCCCCAGACCAGCCAAGUUGCAAGAAGGUACGGACUCAAAGAAGGUACUGCAGUUCCCCAGCCUCCACACAACCACUAAUGUCAGUUGGUGCUAUUUAAACUACAUUAAGCCAAAUCACAUCCAGCAUGCAGAUAGGAGGUCCUCUGUUUACGCUGGUUGGUGCAUAAGUUUGUACAACCCCAACCUUCCAGGGGUUUCCACUAAAGCUGCUUUGUCCCUCCUGAGGUCUAAGCAGAAGGUGAGCAAAGAGACAUACACCAUGGCCACAGCUCCACAUCCGGAGACAGGAAGGCUUGUGCCAUCCAGCUCCCGCAAGCCCCGCAUGACAGAGGUUCGCCUCCCUUCGCUGGUUUCCCCGGAAGGACAGAAAGAGAUAGCUAGAGUGGAGAAAGAAGAGGAGAAGAGAGGGAAGCCGGAGGAGGAUGCUCCCGCCUCCAAGAGAGGGGAGCCUGCGAGGAUCAAAAUCUUCGAAGGAGGGUACAAAUCAAACGAAGAGUAUGUAUAUGUGCGAGGCCGCGGCCGAGGGAAAUAUGUUUGUGAGGAGUGUGGAAUUCGCUGCAAGAAGCCCAGCAUGCUGAAGAAACACAUCCGCACCCACACUGACGUCCGGCCCUAUGUGUGCAAGCACUGUCACUUUGCUUUUAAAACCAAAGGGAAUCUGACUAAGCAUAUGAAGUCGAAGGCCCACAGCAAAAAGUGCCAAGAGACGGGGGUGCUGGAGGAGCUGGAAGCCGAAGAAGGAACCAGUGAUGACCCAUUCCAGGACUCGGAAGGGCGAGAGGGCGCAGAAGCCGUGGCCGAGCACCAGUUUUCAGACCUGGACGACUCGGACUCGGACUCGGACCUGGACGAAGACGAGGAUGAGGACGAGGAGGAGAGCCAGGACGAGCCAUCAGGCCCGUCCUCGGAGGCGCCCCCGCCUGGCCCGCCAGCCACGCUGCCGGCAGACUCCUCACCUGUUCAGGGCCCUCAGCCCACAGAGGCCACCCGGGGCAGCUCGGUCUCAGAAGCUGAGCGCUCGGCACCCGGCAGCUGCUCCACACCCAGCCAAAGCAUCCUGUGCCUCCCCCGGCUGGCACCAGCCCCCCGGGGCCCCGUGGAGAAGGACACAGGCUUGGCCCUGAGCUCCCAGGCUGUGUCCCCGAGGAGGCCGUGGUCCCCAAGCAAAGAAGCAGGCAGCCACCUACCACUCAUCCCAAAACACUCACUAACCAAAAGCGACUCGUCUCCCCAGCGACAUUCACCGGCCCGAGAGCCACUGGCCUCAGCCCCGAGCCCGCCUGGCCCCCAGACGGGCCCCUUCCCCUGCGGGUCCCCUAGACUCGAGCUGUCUCCUCUUGCCCUCCACCACCUGGGAAGGGAACUGCCUCCUCGAGCACGCCUGCCCCCCGAACGCAAGGGCGCUGCAGACCCAGGCCCCCCCAGACACUCGCCCACCAGAAGAUGGUCUCCAGGCCAGGCCGAGUCACCACCACGGUCAGCGCUGCCAGGGAAGUGGGCCUUGGUGGGGCCGGGCAGCCCCUCGGCAGCCGAGCGUGGCCCAGGCUCAGGGCUGGCCCCCCGGGCUCUCUACCCACCCGCGCCUCUACCUCACAAGCUUCUCGGCAGAAGCCCAGCGGAGACCUGCACCUCCACGUGGAAGGCCGAGUCGCCAAGUCCGUCCUGUUCACCUGCCCCCGCUCCUCUCUUCUCCCGACCCUUCUCGGCCCCCCACGACUUCCACGGCCACAGCCCGGCCCGGACGGAAAACAUCUUCAGCCACCUGCCUCUGCACUCCCAGCGCUUGACCCGCGCCCCGUGCCCCCUGAUUCCCAUCGGCGGGAUCCAGAUGGUGCAGGCCCGGCCGGGGGCCCACCCUGUCCUGCUGCCCGGGCCCCGUGAGGCCUGGAUCAGCGGCUUCUCGGGGGGCGGAAGCGACCUGACCGGGUCCCGGGAGGCCCAGGAGCGAGGCCGCUGGAGCCCCACCGAGAGCUCGUCGGCCUCCGUGUCCCCCGUGGCCAAGGUCUCCAAAUUCACACUCUCCUCGGAGCUGGAGACCAGGGACUACCCCAAGGAGAGGGGGAGGACGAGAGGGGGCCUGAGCAGACCUCCCGACUGGGAGCCCCAUGCGUCCCAAGUGCCCACAGAGCUCGCGCCGAUGCACAGCCCCCGCACCCCACCCGAGGCCUCACCCCGGGCACCCCUGGGCCGCCAGGCAGAGUCCCGGAGCCCCCACCUGGAGUCACCACGGGUGCCGGCCAACUCUGCGGCCUCCACCACCCCGCCGCUGGACCGCAGCAGUUCUGUGGGCUGCCUGGCCGAGACCUCUGCUCGCUUCCCAGCCCGGAGGAGGAACCUCUCUGGGGAACCCAGGACCAGUCAGGGCUCCCCCCAGCCCUUGGGAAGUGGGGGGCCCGGGGCACCUCCACACCAGCCCGAGGACCGGGGGCCCCGGAGCACUUAGCCUCUCCCUGACCGCUUCAGCAUCUGGCUUCUGGUGUUUGGCAACAGACAUUUCCAGCCGACUUCCUCGAAUCAUCUUGCUGUCACGGGCUCCGUGUCCCAUCUGUUGAUCUUUCCAAGCAGCUUCUGCUCAGCGCCCCCGUCUGUCUUAUCUUCCCACCUCGUAUGCAGUUACCUGUGCCUUUUUCUAUGACCUUUUGUUGCUUGAAACAAACAACACACACACAAACAUAAAAAAAAAACCCACGAGGAGACUGAGGCUGUGAAUAUUUAGAUGGGGCCUCACCCUGGGCCACUGCGAUCAGCAGCCAUCCACAAAGCUGGCAAGAGGCAGUCAGUUGCUGAAAGAAAGGGGAUGCACUGAGGGAGAGACAGAGGGGAAAAAAAAAGAAACUUUUAAAAAUAUAUAAGUAAAUGUAAAAGCAAGCACUCCUAUGUACAGAUGUUUAUGGUUCCUAUUUAUUGCUGCUUCAUCCCACCCCAGCUAAGUGGCUUCCCCUGGCUGCUAGCAGAAGGGUCAGCGGCCCAAGGCAGAGGGACAAGGCUGGGAGACUCCAUGGGCAGGCCCAGAAAACUCCAACUUUCUUUUUCCAAAGAAAAAGGUAAAUUUUCCUAGGAAUUCAACACAAACUAUUUGGAGCAAGUAGAAGGUAGUUGCUGGUUGGGUCCCCACGGCUCCCAGACACCCUGGUGGUCUGAAUCGUGAUCCCAUUCUGGCAUCUGACCCGUAGACAAGUCCCUCCACCCCAGCACCUCUACUCCACACCCCGCCCUCAACCUUUGGACUGGGAAAGGAGCCCUGACCACCCAUCUCCCCUUUCCUAAGAACCUGACCUCAGCCUCGCUAUCAGGGCCCCAGCCACUGCUGCGUCUUUGUUCUAGAAACUACCCACAAGGCUGAAGGGACAAGGCCUAACCCCUGGGGGUCAAGAUCCAAGGUGCAUUGCCUUGCCAUUCCCAAGGCCAGGCUUGGGCUUCAUUUCACAUUUGGUCCCUGGGGUACAAAGGGCUCUAUUUCCUCCAUGACUGGGCUUUUCCGGUACUUGGCACUGGAAGUUUCCAAGGACUCAUUUCUGGACCUCUUUGCAGCAGGAUCGGUCCUCCUGUUUCUGUAUCACAUACUGUCAGGCCUCUAAUAUCCCCAGGAAGUUCCCAGAACCAUGACUGGUGGGAACUGCCCAGGCCUCCUAUUGGUUGGCUUAAAUCUCUUUUAAAAAAUAAAAUUAUAUAUGUAUAUAUAUACAUAUACAUAUAUAUAUAUAUAUAUAUAUAUGUAGAAAGAGAAUGGUGUUUGAUAUUUCCCCUAGCCUCCUAUUGUCCAAGGUCAUUUCAGUUCUUCUCCAAAGCAAUCAAGAAUAACUAGUGCCUCAUCCUCAUCCCCAUCUCCUCCUUUAAGAAGCUGCCCUGUAUUUUCUGGGGCAAAAGCCUGCUUUGUAAAAAAAAUAAUAAUAAUAAUAACAUGACUAAAAAUUAAAAUCCCAAGUUGAAAUAUGGAACUUGAACUCUAGCAUGUUUACCCAGCCCUGGGAUAGGUGGGGUUUCCCCAACCUCCAGAAAUUAUUUUAUUUUGUUUCUACCAGGAGGAGAAAGCACAAGGACCGUGGUCAUAGCCCAGCCAGGCUAGGUGCUAAUGCCGUGGAGCAGGGACCUCCUUGGCCCGUCCCCAUUCCUCAGCCAGGCUGUAUGAAUCCUGUGGCCAGAGGGGGCUCCUGGGCUGUUGAAGUUAUUUAGACAGGACACCAUAAGGUGUAGAGAGCUACACCAUGCAGAGGCACCUCUGUGGGCUCCUAUCCUUGGGCAUAAUUCCCUCUUCCACCAUUUCAGGACUUUCCCCUCCUUGGACUCUGCUGCCAGGACAAACUAGCCACAGUCAGCCUCCAGCCAGACCACCUGGUUCAUUUCCCUCUGGCUAAGACAAAAAGGGAACAAUAGGGAAGGGCUUCUUUAGGAGAGGCGAUGGCUGGGCUCCAGGGUGCUGGGGCUAGGGGUUAGCCAGCACUUUCUGGCUGCCUGACCCAGGGUCUGAAGCUCUUGGUCCCCCUAGAAGAAGGCUAACAAGCCCAGCCUUGGCUAUCCUGGCACUGGUGGGGCCUGGCAGAAAGCUGGAAGGAGCCCUGGGCCCCAGUCACAGCGUAAGCCAGAGGCUGGGUUUUUCCUCACCUUUGCUUUCCAACCUCACCCCAGGGCAGAGGUGAGGGGCAUGGGAAGGUGGCUGCCUAAGGACUAGAGACUUCAAGGGCUGAGGCCUGGGAGCUGGAUAAAGGGCAGUGCUUCAGCCCAUGCUUGAAAUCUUCCUGGGCAAGAUCUUCCAGCUCCAGACCUACAGAGCAGCAAACAGGGGGCUCUGCUAGAGUAGCCCCUGACCUUGGGGGUAGCCAGGCCCCUCCUCCAAGCCCUGCCCCACAGCUCUCCCCUGACAUCAUUUCUUGGGUACUCAAGACAGCCCAACUACUAAGGUUUCCUUCCUGGAGCCCUAGUCAAGGCCGGUGGUGGCCAGCAGGGGAGAGUCAGGUAUAGGCAGAGGGGAUGGGGGCCAGGAGUCACCAGAGACCCAUUUCUCAAUGACAGACACAAUGUCCAAGCAAUCUGGCCAAAAGGUUUUUGCCCUACACAGGCACCCAGAGAAAUGGAAUUGAUGCCACCCGCCUGGGCUAUGUGUCCCUGGGCCUGGCUCUCACCCCCUCUGCCACACUCCACUCCUGGUCCCCCAAACACAGAGCUCCCAGCCCGCACGCACACCUGCAUGAUAAGGGAAAGACUCUCAUGUCACACCCUCCUCUCCUCCUGCCCUGCUCCCAACCACUUGCACCUUCCCAGCUUGCCUGUGACACUGUUGUCCCUGUUAAGGGACACAGUGGAGAAAGCAGUGCUAAUUAUUGGCAUAGACACCUGUCUCUUGUUCUGCUGAAAUGUCCAGGACAGUCAUUCCUGGGUACAGGCCGGCUCUGGUCCUCGGGUGUCGGCAGGCUUGGGGGCCAGAAACCAACUUGCUGGGGUUUCCGAGCCAGCCCUUGUCAUGGGGAUUCCAAGCCAGCCGGCCCCCAGGUCUACCCUCCAGGAUGCCCUUCACCCUCCGGACAAGCUCAGGGUCAUUCUGGGAACUAACCUGUUCCUCUCCAAGGCACCUUUUACAAGCCAACUCCCCCUGCCCCACCACCCCUCAAGCCCCCGACCACUAAGACCCUCCAGGAAGCCAACAGCAGCGAACUGCCCACUCUCCCAUCUCCAUCACCUCCAACUUCCAGACCCAGCAGUCCCUCCACCUCUCUCUGUGUUAACAGGUCUGAAAGAUUUAAUUUCUGGAUCCCUGUAGCCCCUGCUCCAUCCUCACCCAACACUUUUGAAUAAGAAUAAGCAAGAUAACUGAGCUGAAUUGCUUUCUAGUCCCUUCUCCAGACAAAACCUCUUCAAAGUAAAAGUCCUGUCUGGGCAGCCGUCCUUGGAGACAGAUCUGCAGCACUGGCCAAGGGGAGAAAUUUCCCAAAGACCUGUUCCACCAAUUCUGCUCCUGAGUCGCAAAUCCUGUCUGCUUUCCAUCAGAAAACCGCUUCGGCACUUAUGAUCACUUUACUAAGCCUAGUGUUUAAAAAGGAAGAGAAAAGAAACA